AUAGGUCGCGACGGGUUGGCAGGUCUGCACCACAGCACAUUUCGGGGUUUACGCAAUUUCGGGCAGCAAAGAUUUUCCGAAUACUUUCUGAAAAGGCAUUUCGCCCCCUGCCAGGACAGCCGAAUCAAUACUUUUAGCAGAAGCCCAGAACCAUGUCACAUGCAUUUGCCGCUGCCGUCUGCCGGUCCGCCGCCCCAAUGGCUCUGGCGCUGCGCUGCAGCCGGAGAGCCAUGAGCUCCGCAAGGAUGUUGCGCCUGGCGGGCGCCUCAGCCGCUUCCGCUGCCCGCAGGGACUGGCAGGGCCAGGGACUCCUCGCUGCCCCCUCCACCGGCAACAUGCAGCAGUAUCUGCGGGAGUACGCCAACGAGAAGAAGGUGUUCGAGCGCACGAAACCCCACUGCAACGUGGGCACCAUUGGCCAUGUGGAUCACGGCAAGACCACGCUCACGGCGGCCAUCACCAAGGUGCUGGCGGACAAGCAGCUGGCCGAGAGCAAGAAGUACAACGAGAUCGACAAUGCACCCGAGGAGAAGGCGCGCGGCAUCACCAUUAAUGUGGCCCACGUUGAGUAUCAGACGGAGACACGCCAUUAUGGACACACUGACUGCCCUGGACAUGCGGAUUACAUCAAGAACAUGAUCACCGGCACGGCCCAGAUGGACGGCGCUAUCUUGGUGGUGGCCGCCACCGAUGGCGCCAUGCCGCAGACCCGCGAACACAUGCUGCUGGCCAAGCAGAUCGGCAUCGACCACAUCGUGGUAUUCAUCAACAAGGUGGACGCUGCCGACCAGGAGAUGGUCGAUCUGGUGGAGAUGGAGAUCCGUGAGCUGCUCACCGAGAUGGGUUACGACGGCGACAAGAUCCCGGUGGUGAAGGGCUCUGCUUUGUGCGCCCUGGAAGACAAGAGUCCCGAAAUUGGCAAGGAGGCGAUUCUGAAGCUGCUGCAGGAAGUCGACAGCUUCAUUCCCACCCCAGUGCGCGAGCUGGACAAACCGUUCCUGUUGCCCGUGGAGAAUGUGUACUCGAUUCCCGGACGCGGCACCGUGGUUACUGGGCGCCUGGAGCGCGGCGUAGUGAAGAAGGGCAUGGAAUGCGAGUUCGUCGGCUACAACAAGGUGCUCAAGUCGACGGUAACGGGCGUGGAGAUGUUCCACCAGAUCUUGGAGGAGGCGCAGGCCGGCGAUCAGCUGGGUGCUUUGGUGCGCGGCGUCAAGCGCGAUGAUAUCAAGCGCGGCAUGGUCAUGUGCAAGCCGGGCAGCGUGAAGGCUCUGGAUCAACUAGAGGCGCAAGUGUACAUCCUGUCCAAGGAGGAGGGCGGCCGCACCAAGCCGUUCAUGUCCUUCAUCCAGCUGCAAAUGUUUUCGCGAACCUGGGAUUGCGCCGUCCAGGUGCAGAUUCCCGACAAGGAGAUGGUCAUGCCCGGCGAAGACACCAAGCUAAUCCUGCGCCUCAUCCGGCCCAUGGUGCUGGAGCAGGGCCAGCGCUUCACGCUGCGCGACGGCAACCUAACCCUGGGCACCGGCGUCGUCACCAAGACCAUGGCCGGCCUGACUGAGGCACAGCGCUCCGAGCUGACAGAGGGCAAGAAGGCGCGCGAGAAGAAGGUGGCUGCCAAGAAGUAGAGCCUCGCAUCGGAACGCUGUCAGUCAUUAAAUAAAAUCAUAUUCUUAAGGCGAUUUUUAUGCAUAUUGUAUAAGUUUGUUGGCGCUUCAACCGCAGUCCCAGUCGAGUAAAAUAAUAAAAACAAACACCCGAAACUGAA